AUGCAUGUUUCAUCUAUUUAUUUAACAUCGGAACAAAUUGAUAAAUUACGACGUGUAUUAACACCAACAAUACCUAUUUAUCCAUCACCACCAACAUCUUCAUUUCCAACAUUACAUAUAACACCAAAAGAUUUUCUACGAGAUGUAUUAUUAAAAUUACAUAAACAUUCAAUUGAUAUAACAGCUGUACGUUUACAUGGUGGUGCAGCAUCUUAUGUACUUGUAAAUGAUUCAGAUUUUGUUUAUCGUGAUAUUGAUAUAUUAUUUCUUAUUAAAACAUCAUUAUCAUCACAACAACAAACAACAUUAUUUUCAUCAAAUAAUCAACCAUAUUUAUGUGAUGUAUGGACAAUAAUUAAAUAUAUAAUAUCAUCAUGUUUAAUUGAACAUAUACCAAAUGCCUCAACAUGUACACAAUAUUUUAUAUCAUCUGUACUUGAUACAUAUACAAAAAAAAAUAUAAAAAUAUGUUCUGAACAAGAUUCAUGGGCAUUAUUAUCAUUACAAAAUUUAUUAGGACAAAAUCUUGAAUUAAAAUUUGUUGAAAAUCUUAAACGACAAUGGCAAUUUAGUGUUGAUUCAUUUCAAAUUGAUAUUAAACCAUUAUUAUUUGAAAAAUCUAUUCAACAAUCAUUUAAAACUGGAUCAAUAACAACAAAAAUUCAAACAAAUAGUUUAGUUAUUGAUGCUAUUAAUAGUGUUACUAUUCUUAAAAAUAAUAAUCAUACGGAACAAAAUACAAGUACAAGUCCAUUACAAUUUGGAUUUUUUUCACCAUCAUCUUUACCAAAUAUUAAUGAAAAUGAUAAUUCUAUACAAUGUCAAACACUUGCAACAAUAACAACAAUUCAAACAUCAAAAAAUCAUAAUACAUCAUCUGAAUCUCGUUCACGUUCAUUAAAUCCAUCGGAAUCAACAAUCGAUGAUAAUGAUUCAAAUUCUUCACUUCAAUUUCAACUUUCAAUUAAUGAAGAUGUUGAUGAUGGAAUUGAAGCUGAUGCUGAUGAUUCUCCAAAUGAAGAUGAUGAUCAAGUAUUUCAUACACCAAUUAAUAAAGAUAAUAAUACAUCAACAACUGAAAUCUCAUUAUCAUCAUCAACAAAUUUAAUUGGAGUUUUUUCUGUUUAUAAAGAUUUACAUCAAGCACUUCAUCAUUUAAAUAAUAAAUUAAUAGCUACAUAUGAACCUGAAACAAUGCGUGGUGGUGGUUUAUUAAAAUAUUGUGAUCUCUUAGCACGAAAUUAUAAACUUUAUGAUGUUGCUAUUAUGAUUCAUAUGCAACGAUAUAUGUGUUCAAGAUUUUUUAUUGAUUAUAAAACAAUUCCAGAACAAAUACAUGUUAUUGCACAAUAUGUAGCAACACAUUUUUUACCAUCAACAAUAAUAAGUAAUUUACACAUAACAAAUAAUAUAAAUGAAAUUUUACAACGUCGUUAUUAUCAACAAAAUCAAUUAAUGAAUUCGAAAUAUGAUUCAAAACAAAUUGAUGAAAAUGAUUUAAUUAAUGCACGUUUAUGUUUAUUAUUUUUUGAACAUUUAGCAGCAGUUAUACAACAAAGUACUGUUUGUUUAACACAUGAAGAUAGAGAAUUAUUAUUUAUUAAUAUAACUUAUCUGAAAGACUCUUAUCAUUAUGAAUAUGAACAUUUAUUUAUGGGUGAUCAGCAACAUAUUCAAAAAUAUCAUACAUAUAUUCAUCAUCAUCAUUGUAUAAAUUCAUCUUCAAAUUCAAGUCGAUCGUCAUCACCAUCAAGUUCAUCGUCGAAAUCAUAUGGAUAUUAUCGUGCAAAUUCCCAUCGAAAUUAUCAUACAAAUCGACAAUCAACAAAUUUAUCAUAUCAUGGACCACGUAAUUAUACUGAACAGCAAACAGUACAUCGACGAAAUCAAUCGUGA